AUGGAUUAUUGGGAGAUCUCGGCGGAGAGAGAGGAAAGAUGGAGAGGGUUUAAUACUUCUCGCGUGCGGCUCUUAAUUCCAUUUCCAGAAUACCGAGUCAGGACAUCGAUCUACAGUCCUUUCGCACAUCAGUCUGCAUUCCCGGUUCCGCUGUCAGCCCUUCCCACCCUCCUCCGCGUAGUGCCCAAUCCCGGUUCACGCCUCGUGGUAUCUUUUCAGUAUUGGCCGCUGAAGUUGCCAACCGACCUGCAACUCAAGCCUGAGCUUCCAAUAACACCGCCAGUAUUGGUGUGCGAAAGAGCGUUUACCUUCGUUAUGGCGUGGCUCAUCUUGGCCACUGAUAUUUCGCGUGAGCAAAACGUUCUUCUCGGUGAGCUGUUUGGCUUCGCUUCGUGGGACUGGGGUAUUAUGCGCUCCUAG